GAUAUGGCUGUUCUGAGUCCGCGCAACCUACACGACACCACGCAGCAGUGCGUCGAGGCCGUUCAGUGAUCGGAAGGCUGCCGCGGGACCGGCGACACCAGCGGGACAUCGUCCACGUCAUUAAAAUCGACAUCUGCGCAUCUCGCCGCGCCUAGACGUUCACACCACAGUUCGCCGAGAUGGCGUCCCCGACGAACACGCUCACCAUGCCGCCGCGCUUCAACAUCGAGCUCGAGCGCACCGACGCCGGCGUGCCGUUCCGCGCGACGCAGUCGCACAUCCACCACACAUGGGCGCGCACGUUCCACGCGCGCCCGGAGCUCUACAUCCGCCCGCAGUCGCUGGAGGAGGUGCAGAAAGUCGUGACGCUCGCGCGCCGCAUGCGCCGCCGCGUCGUCACGGUGGGCUGCGGCCACUCGCCGUCGGACCUCACCUGCACGUCGGCGUGGAUGGUGAAUCUCGACGACUUCAAGGAGGUGCUGGGCGUGGACCCGGAGCGCCGCACCAUGACGGUGCAGGCCGGCAUCCGCAUGCACAGCCUGAACGAGCAGGCGAAGGAGUACGGCCUGACGAUGCCGAAUCUGGGCAGCAUCGACGUGCAGAGUCUUGCGGGCGCGAUUGCCACGGCAACGCACGGCAGCUCCAUGCAGCAUGGCCUGCUGUCCGACCGCGUGCGCAGCCUGCGCAUUGUCCUCGCCAACGGCCAGGCGGUGCGCUGCUCUGCCACGCAGUCGCCGGAUUUGUUCCGCGCCGCGCUUGUCUCGCUCGGCGGCCUGGGCAUCAUCGUUGAGAUUGAGUUCGAGCUGGUGCCGCACACGGACAUCGAGUGGGUGCAGACCAUCCGCCCUAUCGCGGACGUGCUUGCAGACUGGAACAACGGCCUCUGGACCUCGGACGAGUUUGUGCGCGUCUGGUGGCUGCCCUACAUGAAGCGGGCCAUCGUCUGGCGCGCCUCCACCACCAAGAAAGAACACGUCAAGCCCCAGUACAACUGGUACGGCGGCAGCGUGGGCUUCCACACCUACCACAUCCUGCUCUGGAUCAGCCAGUACGUGCCGCGCUUCUUGCCGUGGGUCGAGUGGUUCGUCUUCGGCAUGCAGUACGGCUUCAAAGACGGCGCCGUCAUCUCCGCCGUCGAGGAGCAACGCACCGGUCUGCUCAUGAACUGCCUGUACUCGCAAUUCGUCAACGAAUGGUCGAUCCCGCUGCACCACGGCCCGGAGGCCCUCACCCGCCUCACCGACUGGCUGCACGGCAACGAGGCCGCCGCGGGCAUCCCCUUCACCUCCAAGGGCCUGUACGUGCACUCGCCCAUCGAAGUCCGCAUCGCAAACACCUCGUCCCGCACCUCGCCGCGCCCCUACCUCGACACCAGCUUCCCAGACACCCCCUCGCUGUACCUCAACGCCACGCUCUACCGCCCCUACAACCAGGACCCCCCUUGCCGCGAACGCUACUACCAGGCCUUCGAGCACCUCAUGAAGGAAUACAACGGCCGCCCCCACUGGGCCAAGAAUUUUACCGCCGUCGACCACACAUACCUAUCCCGCGCGUACGGCGCCGAUCUCGACGCCUGGACGCGUGUGCGUAAUGAAGUCGACCCCGACGGCAUGUUCCUUGGCGCGUGGCACCGGCGCACGCUGCUCCCACCGAAAGCCGAGAUGCCCGUGUUCGCGCUCGAGGAGAAGGAGGUGGUGCGGCGGGCGCGGCGCACGGGCGGCGUCGACUGGGUGGGUGAGCAGGCGCGGUGGUGGGACGGCGGGGUGGACGUGUUUGAGACGGCCGAGGUGGAUGCGCGCAGCGAGAGCGCCGAGUCAUUUGACUUGAUGGCGGGCGCGGAGGCGGAGCGCAGCGUGGUGCUCGAGGGGCGGAGGGUCGAGAUGGAGAGUGCCAGUUCCGAGGCCGAGACGGCGACGCUGGUCGAGAGUAUGAGUGAGUUUGUUGAGGCGGCGGGGACGGGCGGGAAGGAGGGGCUGGAGCCGGUUGUCAGGGAGGGCAGUGAUGGGAAGGCGAAUUUCGAGAAGAUGUAGCUAGGAUUGAAAGUGUCUUACUUGAUAAGUGUCAUUCGAUGAAGCGUCACUCGAUGAAGCGUCACUCGAUGAAGCGUCACUCGAUGAAGCGUCACUCGAUGAAGCGUCACUCGAUGAAGCGUGUCUGUUACUCA